GAAGAUUUGGACUUACAUGGGUCGAUAAUUUCAUACUCUGGUUAUGGUUUACUUUAGUUGUGAUGUUAUAGUUCACUGCAAAACAAUUUUCGUUGCAGUAAAUACAGUGCAACUUGGAGUUUUUCAUUGUUACACCUUGGUUUUGUAGUGAUUUGUUUUUUAAUUACCAAGUUAUGCUCUAGUGGACGGAGGCAACAAGGAGGAAGAGAGUACUGAAUCUAUUUUUUUCUGAAAUGGGUAACUGCGUAAUUAAUUUUAGUAGAUGGGUAUGGUGUUUUUAAGCAUCCAGAGUCCAUAAAAUUACUGUUUACCUAGAGCUUAAGCAAUUCUAGUUGGUGGGUAUGCAAGGACAUUCCAUAAAACUACUGUUUGCAAACCUGUGCACUGAGACUUUAGGGAGUACUGUCUGCAGUAUACUUGUUCAAUAACAGUAAUAAGAUAGAUUGUUAGGCUGUGUUUGUGUUGAAGGGUGUGGGUAUCUUGAUAAUCUUGGUGGGGUUGUUGGAAGAUCUUAAGGGCCAGAGACAUUUGUUGUGUGUGUCCCUAGGUAGGUGGGUGACUGGAACAUAAUCCUAGUGUUUGAUGAGUUUCGGUCUCAUGAUGUCUGCAGAAGGUGAUCUAAUGCUUCCUUACUCUGAUAAUUUGCUUCAUGGUGGAGAUUUUGGGGACCUGGAUAGAGUUAUGCUAACUGAUUUGUUUGAAGGAGUCACAAUCCCACAGCCUGAUUUUGAUUCUGGAGAUCUUUUCAGCUCUACUAUCAAUGACAGCGCUUCAUAUGAUGAUGAUAAAUCUCUAUGGAAUGGAGAUAUCGGAAAGCAGGGAGUGGUUGAGUCUGAAGAAAACAAGGCCACCACGCACAAAAUGCGCCAUUUAUCCCUGGAGUCUAUGGAAGAAACUCCUUUUGCUCAUUUUGCAGAGGCCAAAUUAGAGCCAGAGCCUUCCAUUCUAAUGGGAUACUCAUCCUCAAACGGUAUCACAUCUUCCUAUCCAUCUCUAAAUUAUAGCCCUCCUCCUAUAGUUUCUCCAAAUAGCCAACUGGCUACAUCAUUUGUUCAAGCCUCAGUAGUUUCUUCCCAAAUUAGCCUUCCCAAUGGCCAAAUUAGCCUGUCCAAUGGUCAAAUUGGUCUACCCAAUGGCCAAAUUAAUAUGUCUAAUGGCUCUUCAAAAAUACUAACAAGCAGUGCGUCAAAUGAGCUUGUUUUAGAUGACAGAGAAAUUUUUUCAUCCCCUGUUCAGUUUUCUUCGACACCCAUAACUGGACCUAGUAGGUCAAUCGAGGUUGGGAGAUUUGUUACUAAAGAGGAUGCCAGUGAAGAUUCAUUAUCCCCACUUCCUACCUAUACUCACAAGCCUUCUAUGAUGCAAAGAAGCUUUAGUAGCCAUUCAUUGGGUCAAUUAAGGAUUACCCCCAGAGUCCACGAGCCUACUUCCUUUUAUCCCCAAUAUUCUACUCCCAUGUAUAGUUCAGUACUGGAAUUGUCAAGUCCAGACUCCAGAUUGCAGCCCCAGCUGUCUGACCUUCAAGGGAUGAAUAUAAGGCCUAGCUUCAAGGCAAUGCGUCGGGUUUGCAGUGCAGGGGACAUACAGACGCUCAAUGGAAUACACAUGAGCCAUGGAUCUACAAGCCCUUUGACACCUGAUAAUUUGAGCACUGAAGAAGCAGGCUUUAAAAUUGGCCGAUACAGUGCAGAAGAGCGAAAGGAACGAAUUCAUAGAUACAGGAUGAAACGCAGUGAAAGAAACUUUAACAAAAAGAUCAAGUAUGCAUGCAGGAAAACUUUGGCUGAUAGCCGCCCAAGAAUAAGGGGGAGAUUUGCAAGGAAUGAGGAUGCAGGCGAUAUACCUCCAAGUUCACACCAUGAUGAAGAUGAUGAAGAUGAGGUUGAUGCAGUUCAAGAGGAUGAUGAAGACUUCUUGUUGAGCCACAAUUCUGCUACUCAUGCAAGAGAGAUGAUCAGGAUGAGGUCUUUCCAUAGGAGUAACGGCUACCCUUUUGGGUUUUAGUGCAGACACAUCAGCCAGGCAAAGAUUAAGGCUGUCAAUCAUUAACUCUGUUUGAUAGCCUGAGCUUGAAUCAAGAGAUUUCCAACUUUCACCAAAUUCAGUAACAGAGGCCAUGUUGAAGACUCUCAAGGCCUAAUGUAGAUAUACACUAUGGGUUGAUGUUUCGUUAAGGGCCCAAUGAUACUAAGAUUAGUGAGGAACACUUGGGCAAUAUGUGCAGCAGAAGAAUAACAAUAGAUAUCUACAAACCUUAACAGGUAUCUAGUUUAUAUUUCCAGCAGACCCAUCUGCAGAAAAAUACAGUUCAUUGCCAUUCAUCCUUGUACAUAAUAAAACCAAUCAAAGGGGCACACAUAUCAAGCUUGCUAAGAUUGGUCUGGAAAAGAAUUCCCCUAUCUGUGCUUUCUCUUCUAUGUUUAGAAGCUUAUAACUUAAGUUUCAUUUGAAAUAAAUCAUUGUGAUACAAUUUAAUUAUCACCAAGUGAUAUGUUUAAUGUCAAUAACCGUUGUACAUGUGGCACCAAGAGACAGAAAAAAUGAUGUGUAUAGGUCUUUAAUGAGGUGGUCUCUAAAUCUCUACAGUUGGACAAUUUCAGUGUCCUAGAUCUGCAUGAUUAUUGGUUUUCAAAAGGCAUCUGAGUUUUGCAGCAGUGGAAACAUGAUGUAAUUGACUCUCAUCAAGUUAAUUUUAUAAUUUGCAUUUCUUUAUCAA